ACGUAGCACAUCACGUUCUUUUCGAACGUGGCGGCGCCAAGCUGCUAAUCCUCGACUCGUGUUUAUUUUUCCGGAUGCUGUUUCACCCGCAGUUUCUUUCUAUGUAAAAAAUGUGACCAGGCAAUAACACCUGUUUUGGAUUAUAAUAUCAGAUACUUCUUCUCUUUCUGAUGUUCAACCUUCUCUGGAGGACAUGACAACUGCGGCUUGCAGCAAGUGGAGAGCACUCUUCAGCGUGGAAGAUGUGGAUGAUGAUGACUUGCUAGAAGCAGACUGGACUCACCUGUCAAGUUCUAGGCCAUCUGCAGUUCUAGCCGGUGCCCCCUUACAAGAUUUGGAAGCAGAUGGUUCCCAUGAUGCACAGCAGAGCUCCAUGGCACCAUCAGCCAAGAGUUCAGUGCCAGACUCUGUGGCACAACUUUCAUCUAUUUCAGAAUCCAGACCUGUUAAAGCUUUAAGAAACUUGGCCAACUCGAACUCCUCAUCUGUCUUCAAAGUGGUCUCUUUUACACAUCCUGCUUCUCUUCAAGCACCUUCUGAUAGCUCUAAAGCAAUCUCAUCACUGCAGGAUUCCUCAACUUCUCAAUCUGGCCAGCCAAACCCUCAACCAAGCAUUUGCACUUUUCUCAAGGAAGACAUCUCUUCCCAGGACGACUUUGAUGACUGGGAUGUAGAUCUGGAUGAGUUGGACGAGUGCGUUUCUUAUAAGCCUUCUGACCCAGACCCAGACAUUUCUCCAGCUAAACGCACGAGAACAUCCCCCAGCAGUGCAGAUACACCAGUCGUAUCUUCUCUCAGAAGGUUCUGCAACACUACUCCGAAAUCCGCACCCCCCGCAGUCCAACCACUUGCUGUACCUUCUGCUUGCCGCUUCACCAGUCCGGUGACACCUGGGCCUGCGAGAGGAACAUCUCGGUGGCAAAGAGGAGCUGUGACUCCUCGAGCAGAAAACCGCUCUCUAUUUCAGGCUGUAUCUCCUGCUUCUGUGACUUCACAACCACCCCGUCCACUACACAUGCCCGUUCUGACUAAUCACCUGGUCCAGCUGGUGUCUGCAGCCAGUAAGACCCCUCAGAGACCAAGGAGUGAUUCUGUUCGACCCAAGACUCGGCGCUUUCCUGGUCCAGCAGGUGCUCUGCCACAGCAGAUCAGUGGGCGGAGCCUGGAUGACAUUGUUGUGGCCGUUCCACAGACACCAGCACACGGGGCUGUUGCUCGCCUACGCACUGAGGUCCCGAGCUCUCAAGGAAACGACGAAGAGGAGUUCAGUGUAGGUCCGUGGGCAACAAUGAAGGCGGAAAUGGGAUUGGACGAGAGAAACCCUUCCUGUUUCCUCAAUUCCUACAGCAUUGUCAUGGUGCUGCGGAAAGCAGCCUUAAGGCAGCUGUCAAAGAAUAAGGUUCCUAACAUGGCUGUGGUAUUAAAGAGCAUCGUACACACACACGCUGAUGCCAAAGCGGUGUUCAGAGACCCCACAGGUGAGAUGCAGGGUACAGUUCACAGACGGCUGCUGGAAGAACGACAGUGGGAGCUGAAGACUGGAGCGGUUCUGCUGCUCAAACAGGUGGGUGUGUUCUCCCCCUCUAAUAGGAACCAUUAUCUGAACGUAACGCCCAAUAAUCUUCUUCGAAUCUACCCUCCUGGUGGAGCAGUCCACGUCUUUUCCCAGCAUUCCCAGCCUGCACUGGAUCCUGCUGGAUUACUGCACUGUCAGAAGGCCACAUCUGAAGGGGGUCCCGUGUCUCAAAUGGAGCUGCAUUUUGAGGAGGAGGGGGAGGAGGAGGAUGUGGAGCAGUGCAGCGUCUCAGCCAAACUCAUGCUCCCAGAUAAUAGCAUGGUAGAGUCUGGUACACGACCUGACUGCUCAGCGGAUGCUCAGUGGGAUGCAGAUGAUCUCGAUGAGAUGCUUGGGGAGUUGCCUGUCGAGUCUUACAGUGCCUGAUGCCGACACCAUUAACACGGAGCUCUUCCAGAUCUCCCAGCUGUGCUUUUUGUUCACUUUGUGUUUGUAUAGAAGUUUUUGUAAGAUAUGUACAGAACCAGAAGGCAUUCGUCGAUGAAAAGAUGCAAAAUAAACGUUUGAGUUUCA